AUGGCAGUCAUUGUUAAACUUUGCAAGCAAAAAAAGGGAUCACAAUAUGGCGGGAAUCUAGACAAAACGUCAAUUCAAGACAUAUCUCUAUGCUCUGAGUCUGCUAAUAGCUCCUACGUUUUGACUGUCUCCAUUAUUGAUAAACUAGGCGAUUAUAGUGAAGAUGAAGGAACCCAAACUGGCACAGCAAGGGUAUCUCCACAAGGAUCUAUAGAAGAAGUACUACAAUAUCCUAAAGCGGUUUUGCCACAACCAGAGCCUAUGGCGAAACAAGAACCUCUGCCUGCACCUCGCCUUGAACCAGAUCUGGAACCAGAACCAGCAAUAGAACCAGAACCAGAACCCGAACCAGAACCCAUUGAAAUACCACCACCAGCUGAUGAAUAA